AUGGCCGCCGCACUCGCCUCAGCAUGGAAAAUCAUCCCCUCUCUCCAGUCGACGUCCAUCGAGGCCACGGCCGCUUUCUACACGGAUGAGCUCGGCUUCACCCUCGCCAGCACCGAAUCAGACGGUGGCGAGGCCUACUUCUGCUCCGUCUACGCCGGUCCCAAGGCCGCCGCCAAUAUAUACUUCUUCCACGCCUCGCCGGAAGACUGCAAGCCCGGGGCUGUCAUGAUCGCCGUGGGUACGGCCGAAAUCGACAGCUUCUACACCUAUCUCCAGGGGAGGCCGGCGGUCAAGGUGGUGGAGGACAUUGAGAACAAACCCUGGGGCUACCGGCAGUUCAGCAUUCUUGAUCCAGACGGCAAUCGGUUGACAUUCUUCAGGUUCCUCGAGGGCGGGAACCCGGGCACGGAAUGA